CGGAAGCAUUUUUCUCAUUAAAAAUGUCAACACUUAAAUGCGCAAAAUUUAAAAUUCAAGUGGUGCGAAGGAUUUUAAGCUUAGCUCCUCAAUUAUUUAUAGGAGUUUUUUAAAAAUCUCUUUUAAAGCUGAAAUUACAGUCAUACUGAAUUACACUGAAAUUACAUUCUUGCUAAAAUUUUAAUUAUUUUCGACUCUGUGAGAUUUUUAAGUAAAAAUUUUGAAGAAUGAAUGGAGUAAGCAUGGCGUCUGACAAUAUUAAUGUGAAAAUGUUGAAGCCAUUAGAUGAAAUGUUGCGGUGCUCGAUUUGUACAGAAUUCUUUAACAACUGUGUUAUGACUUCUUGCUGUCAUGAUUUUUGCUCUGCUUGCAUAAAGAAGCGAAUGGCUACUGAACUUGAUUGUCCUAUAUGCUAUGAGGAUCUUCGAGAAAGUGAUUUAAGGAGUAAUGACUCAAUGGAUAAGAUUGUUCGUAUUUAUAAGAAGUUAACUAGAUCAAACGCAAAAGCCUCUAGCCCCCCAGCCUCUACUCCACCUGCCCCAAAGAGGCUUAACGUCAGGCUGGCAACGUCAUCUUUCUCUGCUGAGAGAGCUAAUGAAAGUCCUCUCACAGUGAAAGAAACGAGUGCUAGUUUGCCAUCAACAAGAGCUCAGUGCAGAAGUUGUGCUAAAAAUGAAGGUUUUCAUAGCACAAUACUCACAGGGCUGCGGGAGCUUAAAGAGGAGGUGGCGAUGUUGCGCCAAGAUGUCAACUGUUUUGUCCAAAGGCUUGAUGUUAAACCUCCAGACACUGAAAAGACAGAGGACAUCCAGCUUAUGGCGGCUGGAGAAAUGAAAUUGCUAGAGGUUGAGCUCCAGUCUGAUGAGAAGUUCUCCAAAAUGGUUAAAAAUUUGGGAAAUUUUGGGGGCAGGGACUGCUAUGAGGUGACAAGGAGGAUUCUGGCUGCCCUUCUGUCCUUUGAGGCUGCCUGUGGCUUCAACUGGAAUGGUGGCUACGGCAAAUUAGGCAUGAAAACUUUUCCAAGGGUCCUCCAAAUGAUAUCAGCGGCAGUCCGGCAGAACCCAGCAACGAAAAUUGCCACACAGGCUGAUGUUGAAUUUAUUGUGAAGAGGUGGCUUUGGACUGCCUCUGAUAGAAAUAGAGGAAGGAAUAAAAGAAAAAAUGCAGAAUAGUUAUUGUUACUGUUGUAAUUUUGUGUAGCUGUGUUGAUGAAUUAAAUUAUGUAAAGUAUGUAUGUGUUAAAUUAUGUAUAUGUUGAUGAAUAAAAUUAUGUAAAGUAUGUUUAUGUUA